AAGCACUGAAUCAUUUCAAAACAAAACCUCAGAUGGGAGUAUCGAAAUGCUGGAUCGAAGCUUCUUCUUGUACAAGACGGCUGAGAUAGCCAUACUUGUUUCAGCCGUUCACCCGGACCAACUGGCUCGCUUAUCCGGUAACGCUAAGGAGGCCAUCCCUAUCGAUGUUUACAGAGAUUUUAGUAAGACCGCCCUGAAGGCGAUAGCCAUCGGCAUGCCCCCCUCUUCCAAGAUGGGUCUGAUGAUAUCGGAAAUAGCUUUCAAGUCAGCGGUGAACAUGAACUUGGACGCCGAUGCGGCGAUGUUCCUUCAGGGACAGGACGCCAGGAACAUCCCGACCUCCAACAUCGUCCAGCAGCUCGAGUACAUGAAGGAUGGCUUCCCUACACGCCAGGCGUGCUACGUUCUGAAAGACAUCUACGUGAACUACUCGGCGACGGAGAUGCUGACGCAGAGUGAGGAGGAGGUCUUCCAGCUCCUCACGCCUGCCGCCAUCGAGCGCAUGCCCAUCUGCGUCGUCGCCGCCUUCGGCACAGAACGGCUGCAGCGCCUAAACGGCAUCAGCAAGAUAAUCCUACUGGAACGUCUCGUCUUGAAUAAGAAGAAGGCCCUGGCAUACUCUUCCGUCAGCCGUGCCGCCCUGCAAACCAUCGUGGAAUAA